AUGCAGAUCGUUGUUAAGACCCUUACUGGCAAGGAAGUCACCCUUGAAAUCAAGCCUCAAGACACUGUGGAAAGUGUCAAGGAAAUCAUGGAGGAAAAAGAAGGGAUUCCUCCAUUGCAACAACGGUUAGUCUUUGAUGGUAAACAAUUGAAUGAUGCCCAAACCAUGGAUGACGCCGGGAUUUCUGAAGGGUCUAUUUUGCAUUUGGUUUUGACCUUGAGAGGGGGUUGUAUGUAA